UCUCCGGAAGACCGACUCGCUCGUAGCGCCAGGCCAUGAGGAACACCAGCAAGGAGGUGCAGGGCUCCUCUCAUCGUUAUGCUCCCUGCGAUUGGUAUUACCACCUCCCUGUGAAACGCUCUGAGAAGGCUGUGGGUGCCCCACCAGCAUCCCAGAUCCCUGGGCUCAGUGACUUGGGAGAAUCCCCAAAUGGGAACUUGCCUCGUGCUCGGCGAUACUGGAUAAAAGAAACAGACUCGGAGUAUGUGAAAUUGGCUAAGCAAGGUGGCAGACCUGAUUUGCUGAAACACUUUGCCCCUGGAACCAGGAAAGGCUCCCCAGUAGCCUACUCCCUGCCAGACUGGUAUAUUCACCACAGCAAGCCACCAACAGCCUUCCAGCGAGAGGUCCCUGUGGUCUCCAUGCCAGAUUACAUGGUGUAUGAGGAAUUCAACCCCCAACAGGCCAAUGGGAGCUAUGAGUCCAGACGGGGCCCCUUUGACUUUGACAUGAAAACAGUUUGGCAAAGAGAGGCGGAGGAACUGGAAGAAAACGAGAAGAGAAAGGUGAAGCUGCCAGCCAUUAAUUCUAAGAACCACAGCAAAGUGGGGACUCCAGUUAGCCACAAAGAGCCUGAAGGGAGCAGACUGUCGUUGCCUCCUAUGCCUGGUCAAAAAACAGGUUCACCAACCAACUUUUCCAAACUUAUCAGCAAUGGUUAUAAAGAUGAGUGGUUACAACAGCAGCAGCAGAGAGCUGAUUCGGACAGAAGGACGCCAAAGACGGCCAAGACAUCCUCGUCCACUCAGUCCACAAAGGGCUCUGAAAGUACCCAGGACACAGAGACACCACAAGAUCCAGCGACCCCUGAGGGCUCUGAGAAAACUCCAGGUGAGGGUCAUGGUGACACGCAGGUGUGGUGA